AACUCCGAUGAAGAAACAAACGUCAAAUCAAAAUUCGCUUCUCUUGUGCCGCAUCGAUUUUGUUUUGGUCCGGUCCAUUUUUGCUCCCCUUUUCGGACCAAUCGGUGCAGAAAAGGGUAUCAAAUCCUGUACGAAACGUAAUCCAAAUCCUCCGGCGUAAAACUAAUAUGUCCAACCUGCAGCGCGUCAUGAUGAAGUCCCGCCUGCCGCCAAUGUGUCCAAAUCCAAAGUUUCCCAAGCCGACGGACCGCGGGUUUCGCCGGCAAACGGACUACAAUCCAAUCAUGUGGAGCGAGUAUUUUACCGAGAACCGCGAUGUGACCACAAAGAAUGGCGUGUUCCGGGUGUACUUGACAGACAAACCGCGCUCUCCCGGUCCGCUGCUGGUGAUGCUGCACGGAGGAGGAUUUUCCGCUCUGUCCUGGGCACAUUUUAGCAUGGAGAUUUCAAAAAUUAUACACUGCCAGUGCUUGGCCAUUGAUAUCAGAGGGCAUGGAGACACAUCAACUGAACAUGAAGACGAUCUUUCUGCGGAAACUUUGGCACAGGACGUGGCCGAUGUUCUGCAUUCCAUGUAUGAAGAUUCUGCACCGCCGGUGAUCCUAAUUGGUCAUUCAAUGGGGGGAGCGAUUUGCGUCCAUGUGGCCAACAUGGAAGUUAUCAGCAGUCUGAUCGGAAUCGUGGUGAUCGACGUCGUAGAGGGAACCGCCCUUGAAGCACUGGCCAGUAUGCAGAGCUUCCUGCGUUCCCGACCGAGCACUUUCAAAAGUAUUCAACAUGCCGUCGAGUGGAGCGUGCGGAGUGGACAAAUUCGAAACAUUGAGUCAGCGCGGGUUUCGAUGCCUGGCCAGAUUGUGAACAUCGAGACCGGAAAACUUUCCACCAAUGAACUCCCACUCGCCGAGGAAUCUCUCGAAGGGCGAACAAAGUUUGCCAACCCCAACGCCAUAGCUGAAGACGGUGAAAUGCCAUCGCCAGCCGAUAGAGAUGGUCCAGCCCCCGCUGAAGUCCCCGUACCGCCUGCCAAUCUCAAGAAGUACACCUGGCGAAUCGACCUAUCCAAGUCGGAAAAGUACUGGGAAGGCUGGUUCCAGGGACUUAGCCAAAAGUUUUUGGACGUAAAAGUUCCCAAACUUCUGCUCCUGGCUGGAAUCGACAAUCUUGACCGAGCUCUGACGGUUGGCCAAAUGCAGGGUAAGUUCCAGCUACAGGUGUUGGCCCGAUGCGGACAUGCCGUUCACGAAGAUAGGCCCCACGAGGUCGCCGAAGUCAUCGGAACGUACUUACUGAGGAACAAGUUUGCCGAAGCGUCCGGCGAGGGCCAGUUUCUCAAACACAUGCCAGCCUGUUGAAUUUUUCGGUAAGAUCUUAAAUGUACGAAAUGUUCUAGAUUGAAUACAAAACAAAUUAGACAGACUUAUUCGAGUCAAAGCAGUUUCCUAAAUAGUGGGAGGCGCCUUUA